AUGAUAACGGCAAAACAUUUAUCAGCAGGAUGUCGAAGGUUGUUAUCCACGUCCUCAUACACUGUAAGAUCCCAUACUUGUGGAGAACUAAAUGCUUCAAAUAAAGAUGAAAAAGUGAGCGUAAUGGGUUGGUUAUCACAUAAACGAAUGGAUCGAUUUUUCGUAUUACGGGAUGCUUACGGUUCUGUUCAAGCCACGAUUCCAGAGAAUUCUGAACUCAAAAGACUUCUAAAAGAUCUUCCUUACGAAUCCAUCGUUCGAGUUGAUGGAGUUGUGGUCGAUCGAGGAGAGAAUCGGAAUAAAGCAAUGAAAACUGGUGAUAUCGAAAUUGGCGUCAAAAAACUAACAGUGCUGAACAAGGCUGUAUCAAACCUUCCAUUGCUCCCAGGUGUUAAUGCAAAUGAGAGAACCCGACUGAAAUAUCGCUACAUCGAUUUAAGAUCCGACAAGCUUCAGAGAUCCCUUCGCAUCCGAUCAGAAUUCGUUCACAAUCUCCGGAAGUUUCUCGUGGAGAAAAGUGGAUUCGUCGAUGUGGAAACGCCGACACUUUUCCGUCGUACUCCAGGAGGAGCCACAGAAUUCGUCGUACCCGCGCCAUCUCCAAAUCAUGGAAUGGCCUAUUCAUUACCUCAAAGUCCUCAACAAUUCAAACAGCUUUUGAUGGUUGGAGCCAUUGAUCGCUAUUUUCAGGUAUUUCUGAAUGGAGAAACGGAAAAAAAAACUUUGAUUUUUCAGAUUGCUCGAUGCUAUCGAGAUGAGGGCUCCAAAGGGGAUCGACAACCGGAAUUCACUCAAGUCGACGUGGAAAUGUCAUUCACAACGCAAGAGGGUGUAAUGCAGUUAAUCGAAGACAUGGUCAUAUCCGCUUGGCCCGAAUCUCUGAAUCAUAUCAAACCCAAAUCUCCAUUUCCAAGAAUAUCGUACUCUGGAGCCAUGGCAAAGUAUGGAAUCGAUAAACCAGAUAUGAGAAUUCCGUGGGAAAUUGAAGAUGUGAAGAGUGGUAUUUUUAAUUUUUUGAAAAAGAAUGAUUGCGAGAACUGGAGAGCCAGAGUAAUUGUUUGUCGAGGAACCGGAAAAACUUCAAUUUCGAAUUCAAUCAAAAACGAAUGGAAAAGAUUGAUUCAGAUGAACGAAAAUGGAAGAAAUUUUGCGAUUUGUCAUCCUUCACAGAAAAGUUGGUUCAAAUCAGUGGAAAAUCAGAAAAUUGUGGACGAAUUUGUAUUGACGGAAGAUGAUGUUCUCAUCGUAUGUUGGGGACACUCUGAUGGUGUUUAUUGGACCUUGGGCCAACUUCGCAACUACGUAGCUGAAGUUUGUGGUCUCCGUUCAGAAGGUGGCGUAACUGCUCAUUGGGUUGUCGAUUUCCCACUUUUCUCAUUCGAAGAAGGUCAACUUGUGUCGACCCAUCAUCCUUUCACUGCUCCAGUUGAGAAAGACAAAGAAAUGCUUUUCGAGUCGGACAAUCAGAAACUUCUUCAAAUCACUGGACAACACUAUGAUUUGGUGAUGAAUGGAGUUGAAAUGGGUGGCGGCUCAGUUCGAAUUGAAAACUCUGAAAUUCAAAGGCAUGUUCUGAAAGUGCUCGGAGAGCCUACAGAAGAAAUGGAGCAUCUUUUGAAUGCAUUAUCUUAUGGAGCACCACCACAUGGAGGAUUUGCUUUGGGGCUUGAUCGAUUUGUGGCAAUGCUAGCUUCAGAUGGAAAUCCCUUAACACCAGUUCGUGAUGUUAUUGCGUUCCCCAAAACGAAAAACGGAAAAGAUCUGAUGAGCGAUGCACCGACAACUCUUUCUCAAAAGCAAUUGCAGAGGUUAGUGCAGAGAAACUUUCAUGCUCAUUUUUAUUUGAAUUUCAGAUAUGGAAUCACACUACGAUCAGAUGCAGAUAGCUGA